AUGCUGAAGAUGCUCUCUUUUAAGCUGCUGCUGUUAGCCGUGGCUCUGGGCUUCUUUGAAGGAGAUGCUAAGUUUGGGGAAAGAAGCGAAGGGAGCGGAGCGAGGAGGAGAAGGUGCCUGAAUGGGAACCCUCCGAAGCGCCUGAAAAGGAGAGAUAGGCGGAUGAUGUCCCAGCUGGAGCUGCUGAGUGGGGGAGAGAUGCUGUGCGGUGGCUUCUACCCUCGGCUGUCCUGCUGCCUGCGGAGUGACAGCCCCGGGCUGGGGCGCCUGGAUAGCAAGAUGUUUUCUGUUACCAACAACACAGAAUGCGGGAAGUUACUGGAGGAAAUCAAAUGUGCACUUUGCUCUCCACAUUCUCAGAGCCUGUUCUACUCACCUGAGACAGAAUCCUUGGAAAGAGACCUGGCACUUCCCCUGCUGUGCAAAGACUAUUGCAAAGAAUUCUUUUAUACUUGCCGAGGCCAUGUUCCAGGUUUCCUUCAAACUACUGCUGAUGAGUUUUGCUUUUACUAUGCAAGAAAAGAUGGUGGCUUGUGCUUUCCAGAUUUUCCAAGAAAACAAAUCAGAGGACCAGCAUCUAACUACUUGGACCAGAUGGAAGAAUACGACAAAGUGGAAGAGAUCAGCAGAAAGCACAAACACAACUGCUUCUGUAUUCAGGAGGUUGUGAGUGGGCUGCGCCAGCCCGUCAGCGCCCUGCAUAGUGGGGAUGGCUCACACCGUCUCUUCAUUCUGGAAAAAGAAGGUUACGUGAAGAUACUUACCCCUGAAGGAGAAAUUUUCAAGGAGCCUUAUUUGGACAUUCACAAACUUGUUCAAAGUGGAAUAAAGGGAGGAGAUGAAAGAGGACUGCUAAGCCUUGCAUUCCAUCCCAAUUACAAGAAAAAUGGAAAGCUCUAUGUGUCUUAUACCACCAACCAAGAACGGUGGGCUAUGGGGCCUCAUGACCAUAUUCUCAGAGUUGUGGAAUACACAGUAUCCAGAAAAAAUCCCCACCAAGUUGAUUUGAGAACGGCCAGAGUAUUUCUUGAGGUCGCAGAACUCCACAGAAAGCAUCUGGGAGGACAGCUGCUCUUCGGUCCUGACAGCUUUCUGUACAUCAUCCUCGGUGACGGGAUGAUCACGCUGGAUGACAUGGAAGAAAUGGAUGGGUUAAGCGACUUCACAGGUUCCGUGCUCCGUCUGGACGUGGAUACUGCCAUGUGCCACGUGCCUUAUUCCAUACCCAGGAGCAACCCGCACUUCAACAGCACCAACCAGCCCCCAGAAGUGUUUGCCCACGGCCUCCACGAUCCAGGCAGAUGUGCUGUGGAUCGACACCCCACUGACAUAAACAUCAAUUUAACAAUACUUUGCUCAGACUCCAAUGGAAAGAACAGAUCAUCCGCCAGAAUCCUACAGAUAAUUAAGGGAAAAGAUUAUGAAAGUGAGCCAUCACUUUUAGAAUUCAAGCCAUUCAGUAAUGGUCCUUUGGUUGGUGGAUUUGUUUACCGAGGCUGCCAGUCGGAAAGACUCUAUGGAAGCUACGUGUUUGGAGAUCGUAAUGGGAAUUUCUUAACCCUCCAGCAAAGUCCUGUGACCAAGCAAUGGCAAGAAAAACCACUCUGUCUUGGCAACGGCGGUUCCUGUAGAGGUUACUUUUCAGGUCACAUUUUGGGAUUUGGAGAAGACGAAUUAGGUGAAGUUUACAUUCUAUCAAGUAGUAAAAGUAUGACCCAGACUCACAAUGGAAAACUCUACAAAAUUGUAGAUCCCAAAAGACCUCUGAUGCCUGAGGAAUGCAGGGCCACGGUCCAGCCUGCCCAGACCCUGACCUCUGAGUGCUGCCGGCUCUGUCGGAACGGCUACUGCGCGCCCACAGGAAAGUGCUGCUGCAGUCCAGGAUGGGAAGGAGACUGGUGUAGAGUCGCGAAAUGUGAGCCAGCGUGUCGCCACGGCGGUGUCUGUGUUAGACCCAACAAGUGCCUCUGUAAAAAAGGAUAUCUUGGUCCUCAGUGUGAACAAGUGGACAGAAACCUCCGCAGAGAGACCAGGGCAGGUAUUCUUGAUCAGAUCAUUGACAUGACAUCUUAUUUGCUGGAUCUAACAAGUUACAUUGUAUAGUUUUUGGGACUGUUUGACUAUUCCUUUCCAAUGGGCAUUUAUU